AUGGUCAUGGAAAUAUCGGAUCCUCCCUCCGCGCUGUUCGCAUCGUCCUUGCCAUUUCGAGGAGCAUUCGACUUCUUCCGAGACGAGGUCGCAGUUGCAGGAGGUGAUGUGGCGGAUGAUGGAUUACAUGAGCUUCCUUUUCUGCCGCUGUCUAUUGACUCUUGCAACAUCGCCUUUCACUCCAGCUUCUUCCACGAAGAAAAGCUGAGGCCGGGCGUCUGUUUCAUGAUCCUGUCCUCCUCAAGGCAUGGUCCACCAUCGGUGGAAGGCGCUGGAUACUUGAAAACAAGCACGCGACCUAGACCUCGAAAGGCGUUUGCAGCGCCACAUUCUGCUGGGUUUUGCAACGGUGAAGCUCGGCGAUGCCAGUGGAAUUCCGGUCAGAGCGUGGUUGUGUCGGUGUCACAUCUGGUGAGGGAGCUGAGCAUCGAGUAUCGCAAGGUACAGUAUCAGCAUGACCUGAGAGAUUGA